CCCCGCCGCGUCAUGCCUGGCGCCGCUCGGCUCUAGAGCCCGGGGCCACCAUCCUCGCCUGCCUGAAGCCGCGCCCACCGCCCAGAGCCAGAGGGAUGGUGGUAGUCACGGGGCGGGAGCCAGACAGCCGUGCGCCCGACGGCGCCAUGUCCAGCUCCGACGCCGAGGACGACUUUCUGGAGCCGGCCACACCGACGGCCACGCAGGCCGGGCCCGCGCUGCCCCUGCUGCCCCAGGAGUUUCCUGAGGUCGUUCCCCUGAACAUUGGAGGAGCCCACUUCACCACGCGCCUGUCCACGCUGCGGCGCUAUGAGGACACCAUGUUGGCGGCCAUGUUCAGUGGGCGGCAUUACAUCCCCACAGAUUCAGAGGGUCGCUACUUCAUUGACCGCGAUGGCACACACUUUGGAGAUGUGCUGAACUUCCUGCGCUCGGGGGAUCUGCCUCCGCGGGAGCGCGUGCGGGCAGUGCACAAGGAGGCCCAGUUCUAUGCCAUCGGGCCACUCCUGGAGCAGCUGGAGGACAUGCAGCCGCUGAAGGGCGAGAAGGUGCGCCAGGCCUUCCUGGGGCUCAUGCCCUACUACAAAGAGCACCUGGAGCGGAUUGUGGAGAUCGCCCGGCUGCGUGCCGUGCAGCGCAAGGCCCGCUUUGCCAAGCUCAAGGUCUGUGUCUUCAAGGAGGAGAUGCCGGUCACCCCGUACGAAUGCCCACUCCUCAGCUCCCUGCGCUUUGAGCGUGGCGACAGCGACCGGCAGCUACUGGAGCACCACUGUGAGGUGGACGUGUCCUUUGGGCCCUGGGAGGCUGUGGCUGAUGUCUACGACCUGCUGCACUGCCUGGUCACCGACCUGUCAGCACAGGGUCUCACGGUGCACCACCAGUGCAUCGGUGUGUGUGACAAGCAUCUGGUCAACCACUACUACUGCAAGCGCCCCAUCUAUGAGUUCAAGAUCACCUGGUGGUGAGUAGCUGGGGCCUGCACCCUCCUGGGUGAUGACACGGACGGAGGCUCUGCUCCAAGGGACAGAUGCAGCUGCAGUUGGCCCUCGGCCCUCAGUGUGUGCUGAGGCUCAGCAGCCCUCAUGGGCACAGGGGACCGGUGAGUGUUUGUUACCUGCUCCACCUUUCAAGAAUGUCUUCCCAUGUUAGAGCCUCGUUGCUGACAGUGCCCUGUUGAGGCAUCCCUUCUGUGCUUUGUGGAGCACAAGGUGUUUGCCCUGCUGAAGAAGAGCACGUUUUCCUCCCAGUGUACUCCUCCUCCCAAAGAGUAGUCCCUCAGUUGUCUAAGGAUGCAGAAAGGCCCUCUCCCCAGCCCGGGUCCCUCACCACUCUCUGGAGACUCAACCUGGGUUGCAGAGCCCCGUACCAGUCUGGCCUUAGAAAACUACCAUGUUUACAGCCCUGCCUCAGGGCCUGGGCUCCUGCCUUCCACCAGCCACCCCGCCUUCUCCCAGCUGCUAUGAUCCCUGAAGAUGAGCGACAAGACACCUGGGGCUCCUGCCACCUGAAGUGUGACACUGAGCGAUCCCUGAUCUGCAAGGAGUGUUCCCAUUUGGGGAAGGAGAGGCAGGGCUGGUGGGAGCCCCGGCUGCAGAAAGAAAGUGGCAGAGCCCCUGCCUGUGAGUCCCAGGCUGCAGUGGGGAUGACUGUGUGGCGGCCAUGUGCUCCUGCUGGCCACAUUCUGGACUGCUCAGCCUGUGGAGGGGAGUGGCAUGCUUCAGCACAGUGCAACAACCCAGCUGUUGAAGAGAGAUUUUCUAUCUGUAAAACAGGUGACUUGGUCUAAGGGAAAGUCAGGCAAUGUGGAGGAAGGAAGGGUGGAAGACAGCACCUCUUGAAGAAGAGAAUGUUCCCCCAGGGCUGGAGGUGAGCCUGGACAUUUGUUGUGUGAGGGGCUCUAACUUUGAGCCCCUGUUUCACUCUUCUGUAGGAGAACAUGGGUGGGGAUGGGUCUCAGAGCAAAGGCCUGCCCUCUGUGUUCUCUCAUCUCAGUGUGGUUCUCAUAAACAAAUGCUGCUCUCUCUUCUGGGGCCCAUGACUCUACUUGGCAUGUAACACCGUGACUCUUUUUCUUUCUUUCUUUUUUUAUAAUGGUGCUGGGGAUUGAACCCAGGGUCCCAUACAUGCAGACAAGUGUUAUGCCAACUGAGCCAAGCUCCUUCCCCUUUGCUUUAGUUGUUCAUAAGGUAGAAUCUCAUUAAUGUCACCCAGAUUGGCCUUGAACUAUUGAUCCUUCUGCCUCUGCCUCCUGAGUAGCUCUGAUUUCAGGGGUGUGC